AUGGAGUUUCAAUUGCACUUGUUGGUUAUCAUCUUUUUGGUCCAAACACUCUCCAACUUUGUUGUUCAUAUUGUAAGGAGAGUUGUUGAGCAAUUAGAUAAACUUUUUGGCGGAAACAAGACUGGCGAAGAAGGAGCUGCUGUUCCACAGACGGGAAAUGCUCUAAUGGACGCUGUUAUCAAGGGAAAUGUUCACUUGUCAAAUGGCUUAAAGUUUCUCCUCAAGUCCAGCAUUUUUGUUCUUGACUAUCUUCUUCCAUAUCUCAUUCUCAGCAGAUUUUCCAGCUUCACUAGCGCCAACUAUGAAAGACAACUUGUAUCAUAUUCUCCAUUCACUGUUGUGGAGUGCAAAUUCCCACAUGUACCUUUUCUACAUGGCCCUUUACCUGCACAUGGUCCAGAAGAUGCACACAAGGAAUACUCUGGUGACGCCGAGACCAUUGAAGAGUACAAGAAAUUGACUGAGGAUGCAGCCGAAAAAUCUGGAGGUGGCCUUUUUGGUGCUAUCAAGCGCAGGAUCAAGAGCUAUAGCAGCAAGAAUCCACGUGACUUGAACGGCUUCAACCGCUAUUUGGCAUUUGCAUUUUCAAAAAGAGCAAUCAAUGGGUUGUACCUUGCAGCACAUGCUUUAGUUUCUCCCUAUAAUCAUGCAGAAUUUGCCGAGGGUCUGCUCAAGAAGAAGCACUAA